AUCAUUCUGCUUAAACCAGUUUUGUCUGGCGGCGGCGCAGAAAGAGAUUGCGCUUGAAUAAAAAACUCCUUCACUCGAGCACAUUUAGCUCGUUUUCACCCCUAAAUCGAUUAUUGACGCGAACAUGAGCGACACUGAGAAAGAGUUCAGAGAAAAGGUGAGUUUCGUUUGACUUUAAUGAAAAAUAUUGAGCGAGAAAAAAAAACAUGCAAACCGUAGCGUGCCAGCUCCAGUUGCUUUGUUGGGCUCCCGUGGUUGUGGUAAGGCAUCUUUUGAACCCCGAACAAAAAAUGUUAAUGCAGAUGUUUUGAAUGCAUAUUUAUCCGAUUAUACAAAGUUUAUUUUUGAAGCAUGCGGCCUACAACGAGCCGCCCUCUUAAGACAAGGCCGCACCGCCUUGGACCAUGCUUUCAUUCAAUCGACAUUAACGUUGCCUACAUUAAAGCUAGUGGCAGUAUUUGAACCUGCAACUGUUUUUAGAAAAAGUGCUGCUUAUUAUAAGUUCACCAUUUUGUGACAAAGGAGUAAUUAGGGCGACACUGAAAAUAAAAGGGCGAACGUUAAGUGGAACAAGAAAAUGGCGGUUGCCGUGUUGCGUUCACGUUUACGCGGAAAUUUCAAGUUGGCGCGUUUAAGCGCAAGGUGCCGCUAAUCCGUUAUAAUAAAAACAUUCUUAAACGAAUCGCUAGCCAUUUUUAACUAAGCAAAAUGUAUUAUCUACCAUGUAUAAAGAUUUCUGAAUUUUAUUUUAAGGGAUGUAGUUUCAAUUUGGGCUUUGUGGGAAAAUCUAAGCACUUGCCAUUAGAACAAGGAAGGUUCACUGUGAAUGAUCGCGUUUCAAUGCCAAUCCAUUUUGACUACUAAAUGAAUUUGGACGUCUAUUUCCGUUAAUAACAGCCGAUGGCCAAAAAUAACUGAUAAUUGGUUCACAUAAUAGGUCGAAACAAAACCUCUACUUUUCAGUGUGGCCCCCAAUACUCCUUUGUGUAUUUUUACUGUUAUGUGGUAAUACUGUCUUCUUUGUGCCUCUUGGUAUUUAAAUGCAAACAAACCAACCAACUUGCCUUAUCACCCCCCUUGUUUUGUUCUUUGUCAAGGUUGAGGUUGGAAGAAAGAAAAAAAGGCGGAAGACGUUUCAGAUGCGAAGUUGUUAAUGUUUGAAGCCGAUGCCGUUGAUGCAUGCUAAUGUAUUGGGAGCAGGAAAAAAGAAGCGCUCAAGAUCCUAUCCCUCGACUAGUGUUGUAAUGGCAGAUGGUAAAAUUGGGGAAGAGGAGCAAAAAAGACUUCGUAAUGUCAAAGAGAAGAAAGAAGAAAUGAAGGGUUGUUUUGAAGUAAUGAAGUUAUGAAGUUAUGAUCAGAAGUUUGGCCGGGAGCCACAGCCUGGCUCGGGGAGUUCGUCCCCGCGGCGAUCGGCCAAAUCCGCCAGCCGUUCACCGGCACGGUCGAAGGACGGUUCCAACCGCUCUGGGUCCAGGUCUCGCUCAAGAUCUAGAUCCAAAUCCAAAUCGAGGUCCCGUUCCCACCGGAGCUCGCGCAGGAACUAUUCCCGUUCUCGCUCCCGCUCCCGUCGUCGCCGUUCCCGAAGCCGAUCCGGCAGCCGGAGGAGGAGCCACAGCCGCUCGCCCAUGUCCAACCGCCGCAGACACAUUGGCAACAGGGCCAACCCUGACCCAAACACCUGCCUGGGCGUGUUCGGGCUGAGCCUUUAUACCACCGAGCGGGACCUGCGGGACGUGUUCUCCAAGUACGGCCCCCUGGCGGAUGUCAACAUCGUUUACGACCAACAGUCGCGGCGCUCCCGGGGCUUCGCCUUCGUCUACUUUGAGAACUACGAGGACUCCAAGGAGGCCAAGGAGCACGCCAACGGAAUGGAACUGGACGGCCGGCGAAUCAGAGUGGAUUUCUCCAUCACCAAACGAGCGCACACCCCCACUCCUGGCAUCUACAUGGGACGGCCCACAUACGGUGGCGGCGGCGGAGGUGGCGGAGGCGGUUCCUCCAGGCGCAUGUCGCGGGACUACGACCGAGGCUACGACAGAGGUUAUGAUCGAGGUUACGACCGGGACUACGAUCGCUACGAUGACCGGGAGUACCGGUCGUACAGACGAAGAUCUCCAUCACCGUACUACAGCAGGGGAUACCGCUCUCGAUCCAGAUCACGAUCCUACUCCCCACGUCACUACUGAGCAGUCAAGUCGUCCAUUGUUUUUAGAUGUUAUGAGCGGAUCAGAAAUGUACACAAACACACACAGUCAUGCAUGUAAUACAAAUGUUUCUAACAAAACCCAAGAAAGACGUACACAAUGUUGAUCUUCAAAGUUGCGUCAAUGAUAUGUCAACACUGAACCAAAAGGGUGAUAUCUAAAAGGAAUGGUUUUUUUUUUUUCUGUUUCGUAGUGUAGAAGUGGUUUCAGGAUGUUUUUUUUUUUUUUUCCAAGCAGGUUUGUCCGCUUCACUUCUGACAGGUUUGAAUGCAUUUUUUUUUUUUGGACUCAUUUUCCCUGUCUUAGUGCUGCAGCCAUUGUAGUCUUUAUUGAUAAGGAUGAAAAUGCAGUCACAAUUUGUAGUACAAAGCCCUUAACUCACUUGUUCCUCAUGACGGCCUGACGCCCAAUCCAUUUAGACUGGAAGGGGUUGUUAAUUGCAGCCAUUGAGUUAAGAUGUUAAAAGUGGUCAGCUUUCAUUAGGUUUUCCCAACAAUUGAAUUAGUAACAAGUUAAAUGUAUAUAAUGGCUUGCAUCCCUUCUGCAGUUUUUCAUAUAAGGUCUGAUUUGUAUGCAUCAUAAAUUUGUCAUGUGGUUUUCAAAUAAAGGUUGGAAGCAUUGCUA